GGGUCCUUCACACGGAAACCAGCGCUAAUGACCGAUGUUUGUUUUGCUACAAUUAGCAGUAUGCCUGCUGAACGCAAACGCUCAUUAAACAUGGAUGAAAAAGAUGUUUGCACCUUCAGCAACAAGGACAAGGAGAAGGAGCGAGAUGGCGAGAGGAGACCAUCGUCCGCCCGGGACAAAGGGAAAGACGAGGCCAAAAUGAGCGGGAAAAAAGACAGCAGCAAGGAAGAGAAGAGGAAGCGCCUCGAGGAGGAAAAGAAGAAGAGGGAAGAAAAGGAUCGUAAAAAGAAAGAGGAGGAAAAAGUGAAAGCGGAGGAGGAGCAGAAGAAGAAAGAGGAAGAGGAGAAAAAACUGCAGGAGGAGCAGGAGAAGCAACUUCAGGAGGAGGAAGCCAGGAAACAACGAGAGGAGGAGGCAGCUCUCCUGAAGGAGAAGGAGGAGAGCCAUCAGCUGCACCAGGAGGCCUGGGAGCGCCAUCACUGCAGGAAGGAACUCCGCGUCAAGAACCAAAACGCCCAGGAGGGUCGACCCGAGGAGGCUUUCUUCAGCCGCCUGGACUCCAGCCUGAAGAAGAACACGGCCUUCGUGAAGAAGCUGCGAACGCUCACCGAACAGCAGCGCGACUCGCUCUCCAACGACUUCGGCUCCCUGAACCUCAGCAAGUACAUCGGCGAGGCGGUGAGCUCCGUGGUGGAGGCCAAGCUGAAGAUCUCCGACGUGGGCUGCUCGGUCCACCUCUGCUCACUCUUCCACCAGCGCUACACCGAGUUCGCUCCGCUGCUCUUACAGGCGUGGAAGAAGCACUUUGAGGCGAGGAAGGAGGAGAAGGCGCCCAACGUGAGCAAGCUGCGAACAGACCUGCGUUUCAUCGCCGAGCUCACCAUCGUCGGGCUGUUCACAGACAAGGAGGGGCUGUCUCUGAUCUACGAGCAGCUGAAGAGCAUCAUCGGGACAGAUCGCGACACGCACACUCAUGUGUCGGUGGUCAUCAGCUUCUGUAAGCACUGCGGGGACGAUAUCGCCGGGCUGCUGCCCCGAAAAGUGAAAGCGGCCACUGAGAAGUUCGCUCUGAGCUUCCCUCCGAGCGAGAUCAUCGGCACGGAGAAGCAGCAGACCUUCCAGAACCUGCUGAGGGAAUACUUCACCUCGCUCACCAAACACCUGAAGAAGGACCACCGCGAGCUGCAGAACACCGAGAGGCAGAACAGGCGUAUCCUACACUCCAAAGGGGAGCUGAGUGAGGACCGACACAAACAAUAUGAAGAGUUUGCGACUUCCUACCAGAAGCUGCUGGCCAACACUCAGUCUCUGGCCGACCUGCUGGACGAAAACAUGCCCGACCUUCCUCAGGACAAGACGGUGCAGGAGGAGCACGGCCCUGGGAUCGACAUCUUCACUCCCGGGAAGCCCGGAGAGUACGACCUGGAAGGCGGGAUCUGGGAAGACGAAGACGCUCGUAACUUCUACGAGAACCUGGUGGACUUGAAGGCCUUCGUGCCCGCCAUCCUCUUCAAGGACAACGACAAGGGCAAAGACAAGGAUGAAGGCAAAGACGGGAAAGACGGGAAGGAGGCAGCAGCGAGCACCACAGAGGAACUGGAGCUGGAGCUCGAGGCUCUGGACAUCGCAGACGAACCUCUGGAGCUGGAGGGACCCGACGAGGCGGAGAGUGAAGAGCUGGCCAAGAAACUGCUGGAUGAGCAAGAACAAGAGGAUGAAGAGGCCAACACGGGGUCUCACCUGAAGCUGAUUGUUGACGCCUUCAUCCAGCAGCUGCCCAACUGUGUCAACAGAGACCUCAUAGACAAGGCGGCCAUGGAUUUCUGCAUGAACAUGAACACCAAAUCCAACCGGAGGAAACUGGUCAGAGCGCUCUUCACCGUCCCCAGGCAGAGGUUGGACCUCCUUCCCUUCUACUCUCGCCUGGUGGCCACUCUCCAUCCCUGCAUGUCGGACGUGGGUGAGGAUCUGUGCUCCAUGCUGAAGGGAGACUUCAGGUUCCACAUGCGUAAGAAGGACCAGAUCAACAUCGAGACCAAAAAUAAAACGGUCAGAUUUAUCGGAGAACUGGCCAAGUUCAAGAUGUUCCCAAAGACUGACACGCUUCACUGUCUCAAGAUGCUGCUGUCAGAUUUCACCCAUCACCACAUAGAGAUGGCGUGCACGCUGCUGGAGACGAGCGGACGCUUCCUCUUCAGAUCCCCCGAGUCCCACCUGCGCACCAGCGUCUUACUGGAGCAAAUGAUGCGUAAGAAGCAGGCUCAGCACCUGGACGCCCGCUACGUGACGAUGGUGGAGAACGCCUACUACUACUGCAACCCUCCGCCCAUGGAGAAGACGGUGAAGAAGAAGCGGCCGCCGCUGCAGGAGUACAUCCGGAAGCUUCUCUACAAGGACCUGUCCAAGGUGACCACGGAGAAGGUGCUGCGGCAGAUGAGGAAGCUUCCCUGGCAGGACCCCGAGGUGAAGAGCUACCUGAUCUGCUGCAUGGUGAACAUCUGGAACGUGAAGUACAACAGCAUCCACUGCGUCGCCAACCUGCUGGCGGGGCUGGUGGCGUACCAGGAGGACGUCGGGAUCCACGUGGUGGACGGGGUGCUGGAGGACAUCCGGCUGGGCAUGGAGGUGAACCAGCCGAAGUUCAAUCAGCGACGCAUCAGCAGCGCUAAGUUCCUCGGCGAACUUUACAACUACCGCAUGGUGGAGUCGGCGGUUAUUUUCAGGACCCUCUUCUCCUUCAUCUCUUUCGGGAUAAAUCAGGACGGCAGCCCCAGCGCUUUGGAUCCUCCGGAGCAUCUGUUCCGGAUCCGGCUGGUUUGCACUCUGCUCGAUACCUGCGGACAGUACUUUGAUCGAGGGUCAAGCAAGCGGAAACUCGACUGCUUCCUCAUCUACUUCCAGCGCUACAUCUGGUGGAAGAAGAGCACCGAGGUUUGGACCAACGAUCACCCGUUCCCCAUCGACAUCGACUACAUGAUCAGUGACACCCUGGAGCUGCUGAGGCCCAAAAUGAGGCUCAGCAGCUCCUGGAGGAGGCCACCAAACACGUGUCUGACCUGGAGAGGGAGGUACUCUUUAAACUAGGUAAGAAAUACUGAA